AUGGCAGAAGUCGACGGUGAUUGGGGCCAGUGGGGCCUCUGGGACGCUUGUUCCGUUUCAUGUGGCACGGGCUACAAUGGCCGCUUCCGGAAGUGUGACUCACCCGCUCCGAUGCAUGGCGGAAGUGACUGUGCGGGAACGUCAGUUGGAUACAGAGACUGUGUUAUGGACCAAUGUCCCGUUGAUGGUGGGUGGUCGGAGUGGACACCGUUUAGCGCAUGUAGCCGCUCAUGUGCUCAGGGUGCCGUUAAAGAGAGGUACCGUCAGUGCAAUAAUCCUGUGUCGGCGUAUGGUGGAGCGGAUUGUAGCGGCGAACAUUUCCAGAUAAGCAUAUGCCCUGUACACGACUGUCGUGAUGGUCACUGGAAUGAUUGGGGAGAAUGGAGCGCGUGCACUGCCACGUGCGGAACGUCUGUUCGCUUCCGGAUGAGGGAUUGCAGCAUGUCAAUCAGUAAUGGAACAUGUCGAGGAAACUCAUUUGAAUCAGCAAUGUGUUCCUCUGAAUGCCCGGUUGAUGGGGGUUGGGGUUCAUGGGGUCACUGGAGCACGUGCAGUGUCACGUGUGGUGUGGGGACUCAAUUACGUCAUCGCUCGUGCACUCACCCUGCCCCUCAACACGGUGGGAAAAGUUGUGUUGGCAGUCCAACCAGUCAGAAGCAUUGCACACACAAUGACUGCCCAUUUACAUGCCCCACCCACUGGGUUCUCAACGGUUCAUCGUGCUACUAUGUUUCAACCACAAUCCAUGCCUGGAGUUAUGGCAAGCAUUACUGCAAAGCCCACAAUUCGUUUCUUGUUGAGAUCGACAAUUCAGCUGAGGAUAGCUUUAUACUCCACGAACUCUCUAUCCACCAUAUAGUUGGUGCUUGGACCGGUGGAAACGAUAUUUCAAGGGAGGGACAUUUUGUAUGGGAUGGAUCGAGAACAGCGAUACACUACACCCACUGGGCGCCGGGUCAGCCAAAUGGAAACAACACGUACAGACCGACCGACGACUGUAUAAAAGCCGCCACAUCUCAUUGGUUUGACGAGACCUGUACUAACGCACACCACUUUGUUUGCGAACAGAAGUUCAACUCGGCUGGAGUCAAUGUAUUUGGAUAGGUGACGCUUGGUG